AUGUCCGCGUCGGCAUCCGAUUCCACAAAGGAGGCGUCCACUGCCUGUAAAGAUGGUCCCGUCGUGCGCAUCACCGCCGCCGACGGCGGCGAAAUUUGCGUCGACGAGAAGGGCAACGAUCCCGUGCACAAGUCCACACGCGGAGAUGUUGUAGCCAUGCAGCGCAUGGGACGCACGCAGGAGCUCGUGCGCCACUUCCGCACGCUCUCCAUGAUUUCAUUCGUCGCGUUGGCCACUUCGGCAUGGGAGACCACCAUCUUUACUCAGGGCUUCAGGAACGGCGGCCGCCCAGCUGUCCUCUACGGCCUGCUCUGGUGCUUCGUAGGCUACAUUCCCAUGUACCUGAGCAUGGCUGAAAUGGCCAGCAUGGCGCCGAUCGCCGGCGCGCAGUACCACUGGGUAAGUGAGUUUGCGCCGGCUCGAUGCCAGAAAAUCCUUAGCUACUUGACUGGCUGGGUAUCGACUCUGGCAUGGCAGUCUGGUAAUGCAAUGGGCAUGUUCGAAGUAGGAAUAGUCAUCCAGGCCAUCGUCACAGCCAACAUGGAGUACGAAGCGCCGAGGUGGCAUGCUACUGUCAUCAACAUUUCAUUCACCUUGUUUGCCUUGGCUGCCAACGUAUUGGGUUCACGCGCUCUGCCAUACUGGCAGAAUGCAGUGUUUGCUUUUCAUAUUCUCGCUUUCGUCGCAUUUCUGACUCCGAUAUGGGUCAACGUACCCAGGGUCAGCCACCACGACGUGUGGACUCUUUGGGAGAACCGCGGUGGGUGGUCCUCCAUGAGUUUGGCAGUUCUUGUCGGUCAGAUGCCUGGCAUUACUGCACACGUCGGUAUUGACACAGCUGCCCACAUGUCUGAAGAAGUCCGAGACGCAGCCAAGACAAUACCUCGAAUCAUCAUUAUUGGCUUCCUGAUGAAUGCGGGUCUUAUUUUCCUCACACUCCUUACGUUCUGCUACCACAUCAUCGAUAUCCCAACCGCGCUCGAGGACCCUACAGGGUAUCCGGGCAUCUGGGUGAUCCGCCAGUCAAUGGGCCAGCCAUGGCUCAACAUCUUGCUCGCCGUCAUUCUUGUCCUCGAGAUUUUUGGAGAACUCGCUUACUUUGCUGCAGUCAGCCGCGAUCUAUUUGCCUUUGCUCGUGAUCAUGGACUACCUUUUUCUAAGUGGUUAGCCAAGGUUGACUCAAAGCGCCAGAUUCCGAAAAAUGCCUACAUAUUUUCUGCCGGUUUCAGCAUUCUUCUUAGUUUCAUUUAUCUUGUUAGUGAUCUCGCUUACUACGGCGUCACUGCGCUCUGCACCGUCGCAUUGCUUCAAUGUUACCUUUUCAGCAUCGGCUGUAUUAUGUGGUGCCGCAUCUUCCAUCCCGAUACGCUGCCGCCAGCCCGCUUCUCCCUAGGUCGCUGGGGUCUCUCUAUCAACAUCGCCGCCGUAUUUUUCUCGUUCUGGAGCUUUUUCUGGGCCUUCUGGCCGGAAGAGUACCCGGUUACCUUGGAGGUAUUCAACUGGGCGUCAGCCAUCUUUAUCGCGACUUUGCUGCUGGCCUUGAUUAAUUAUAUCUUCGGCGGCCGUAAGAAGUACCAAGGUCCUGUUGCACUGGUAGCAGGCCGCAAACUUCGCGCGGAGUAG